AGGUGUGAGUCCUGAGGGCAGUAAGCGUAAUCCCUCCCCGUCAGAGUGCGAACAGUGAGUUUGGACUGCUAAAUGCUCCAGCCUUCAGAGGGACGAUGGUGGAGGGCUGGUAAAGAUGGCGGCGCUCUCCGUGGAUGGGAGAUACGGAUUAAAUUGUGGCCAACAAAGCGCAGAAAGAGUCACUGUAUUACAUGUAAAGUUAACCGAGACAGCACUGAGGGCGAUAGAGACCUACCAAAACUGUACGAAUGUUCCUUCUCUGCGGCCAACGAUACAGUUCAAGGGACUACAAGGGCGCAUUAAGAUUCCCAAGAGUGACUCUUCUUCAGACGCCUUCCACAAUUUUGAAUUCUAUCUGUCUAAUGUGGGCAAGGACAACCCUCAGGGAAGCUUCGAGUGCAUCCAUCAGUAUGCGUCGAGCUCAGGGGCCUCACACCUGGCAUUGUUGGCGACAGUACACGACAAGGUCACAGUGUGUGCCACCAAUGACUCCUACCAGGUGACCCGGGAGCGCAUGACCCAGGCUGUGGAGGACACACGAGAACGUGGGACCAAAGUCAUCAAGCCUGGUGGUCAGUACAGAGGAAAGCAAGUACAUAUCCGUAAGCCUGCACUAUCCACCCCAGAAGUGGUCCCAGAGCGUAAACGCUCCACACCCAUCAACCCAGCCAACACUAUUCGUAAGUGCCUUUCCAAUAACCCUGUAUCGCAGCGGCCGUUCAGAGACCGCAUCAUUCAUCUGCUGGCACUCAGGCCCUACAAGAAGCUGGAAGUGCUAGCACGUUUGCAGCGUGACGGUAUCAACCAGAAGGAUCGCAACUCUUUGGGGACCGCCCUGCAGCAGGUGGCAAACCUGAAUCCCAAAGACAAUGCAUAUUCUCUGAAGGACUACAUAUACCGUGACGUCCAGCGAGACUGGCCUGGUUACUCAGAAGAUGAGAAGUCUCAGAUUGACCGGAUCCUGACUCGCAAAUUAGGUCUUCCUAAUGAGAUAACUGCAACCUCAUCCAGUGGUUCUCCCAAAGACAGCGCUCCCACAUCGCCUCAGAAGCGUCAGCCAGACUUUGAUUUCAUUGAUCCUUUGGCACCGAAGAAAGCCCGCAUCUCCCACCUCAGUAAUCGAGGGCCAGCUGCAUCCUCCUCGGAUCGCCUUGAGGACGAGGGCAGCCUCAGCUCUAAACGCUCAUCCCUACCCUCCAAUGUCACCUCAGGCCCUCCCACUCAUCUCCCCAUCUCAUCCCACCCACCUGCCCCCUCUCACCAGCAGCCUAGCCCAGCUUCUAACACCAACUCACCAAGCACCCCAGAGGGCUGUGGCACCCAGGACCUGCCCGUGGACCAGAGUUCCUCCUGCAGAGAUCCUUCACCCAAGUCCUUUUCGUCCAAUAGAUCCCUGCAGGAUCGCUAUCAGCAUCCUAACCCCGGUCCCAGACCAUCCCCCAGCCCUCCGCCUUGCACCUCACUCACAGUUACCUCCACUGUCAUUUCUAGCCCUCCCUUGUCCAGCAUCACCAGUAAGAAGGUUAAAAAGAAGUCUAAAAAGUACAAAGACAAGGAUCGAGAAAGGGAGAAAGGGAAGCGAAAGGAAAGAGAUGGCAGUAGUUCUCAUGGUGUUGUGGAGCAGGCUGUAGAAAGUCAUAGAGCCAAGAAGAGGCAGAGCCCUGAUGAAGAGACCAGGAGACUUAUCAGCAAAAGUUCUCACAAAGAUCAAGACUCUUCAGACAAAGAGAGGCCAGUCCAAUCCACUGAAUUUUCAUCCAAAGUAGAUACACCUGACUAUAUCCUGAAGUACACAGCAUUGGUGUCCCUCGACCAGCGGCAAAGCUACAAGGACGAUUUCAAUGCGGAGUAUGACGAGUACCGCCUGUUGCACGGACGCGUGGAGAACAUCACCCGCCGCUUUACCCAGUUGGACGCCCAGUGUCGGAAGUUGGCCCCUGGCACCAAAGAGCAUCAGAAGGUGCAAGAAGAAAUAGUGAAAGAGUACAAAAAGAUCAAACAACACAGCCCCAACUACCACAAAGAGAAACUGCGCUGCGAGUACCUGCACAACAAGCUGGCCCACAUCAAGCGGCUCAUAGCUGAUUUUGACCAGCGCAGAGCCCAGGCCUGGUCCUGAGGGCACAGUAGAGAACAGCUUCACUCAUCAGUAUUGAGAAUGGAGGGUCAAACCAAGAGCAUCUGUCCAGCUGUCUCUUAGCUAUUGAGACCCCUUCAGUUGCUGCCUUCGCAACAGCUCCUUCCCCUACUUUCCUUACCAUUUUUCCUUCUCCUGUUUUCUUGCUUCAUUCCUCCUUUUCUUUUUGACCUUUGAUUCCACAGGCUUCAUUGGUGCCUGCAAUCCUGCUUUUCGACUUUACCCAUUAAUCCUUUGCUUUUGCAGUAUUUUUUUUUUCUUCUUCUUCUCCUGUGGAUUUGACACCACUGGACCAGUGGAAGGGGCUGUCUGCAUGUGUGAGCGGGUUUGUCUCUAACUUUUGAAGGACUUUCUCUUCAGACAAAAGUAUUUUUGAGCAUCAGAUAUAAUAUUAACAUGUAUUUAAGUAAAACAAAAAAGAGGGAGAUCUAUUUAUUUUGUGACUCGUAGUGCAAAGUAAGAGUCUGCAAAUGAUAUAUUGUUUAAUUUUGUUUUUUAAACAAUGCAAAAAAAAAAAUACCACAGGCCUUAUGUGUUUUGACUUUGUGAAGCCAUUUUGAACGCAGAUCCAUCUGUCAUCUCAUCUGACAAAUAUGCCUGUCUUGCCUCAUUUCCUCUCAUCACUUCAAACGGCAGUGGAUAACCACACUUCAAUAAAUUGCUGCCGAAGCUGAAUUUGAAGCUGAAGAGGAAGGAAAUGAGACAGGAAGAAGAAAUCACUUGAGCUGAUUAAGAAGCAACAGUUUGUGUGCAUGGGUUGUGAAUUUAAUUGCAAUGAUGAAAUGGUGUUGAAGGUUGGCGUAAGCCAACCCCUCCCCCCACCCUGUCAGUAGGGGGCAGUAUUUCCCACACCAAACAAUAUUUAAUGUUCACAGUGCAUUAUGGAUGCCUUAAGGUGUUUACAUUCGGAAAUGUCGAGCUGGGGCUUGGAGUCCACUGGCUGUACAAAGGAACUACAACUGCCUAGAAACAGGUCUCUGUGUGUGUGUGUGUGUGUGUGUGUGUGUGUGUGUGUGUGUGUGUGUGUGUGUGUGUGUGUGUG